UUGAAGCUCGAUAGGAUUCUCGGCGACUCGGCUCAAUCGUUUAUGUUUGGAAUGUGAAUCAAAAAAUGGAAUGAUCAUCUUUACUAUGCCGUGUAAACACUAAACUUUACAAUGGAUUCAACCAUUCAAUCUGUGCGGUCAAAGAUAUUUCUUUUUGUCCAUGACUUUGCUUUUAUUAUUGGAAAUGUUUUGUGCAUGUUGUACUACCGUUUGUACAGACUUUUUAACACUAGCUUUGUGAUAGAAAGUUUACGUUCUUUGUACUACUGCUUUAUUGGCCUUUUUAUAACUGACAAAAGGAAUCUAGAGUGGAAAACUCAUUGGCAAAGUCCUGUAUGUCGCGCUAUUUUACGACGUAAAUAUUUUAUGACCAGAUCAAAAUCAUCAUUAUCUUGGUCUUUCUUCAAUUUUCUCUUGGCAUGUUUGUUAAUAGUUGAGCUGAAAAAUGAACUUAUUGUAUCACAUAUGGAGUCUUAUAUGAGCGUGGUAUGGUACACCGAACUCAUAAUUAUUGUAAUUUUAACUCUAAAUGCAUCUGUUGCAUUUGUUUUUUAUAUUUGGUCAGUAUUUUCUAAACCGAUGCCAAUUUCACCCGCUCAAAAAAAAUUGUUUCGCAUAAACGACAAUGAUCUGGGCUUUGAAGUGAAAAAGAACAAUGAUAGUAUUUCAAACACAAGCAAACAAGAGCCUCUUCGUUUCACUUCUUGGCGUGAAUCAUUAGACUGUAGUUCUCCAUCUGUUUUAUCCAUUACACCUUUGAAUUACUCUGCAAAUAGUUGGAUAAGUAGUCCUGAAUCAACUAAUGUUGAUACUACCAGCUCUUCUUUUAGCUUUUACAGGCCAUCUUCCCCAGCUGCCUACACAUCUACGCCAAAGAACUUCGAUAAAUCCUAUUUACGAACAAUUAAUCAUGGUGAAUAUAUAGAAUCCCCAUAUGAAAGGCCAAUCAAAAACAAGAAACAACUAGAGGAAUUCCUUAAAGCCCAUGAAGAAGAAGACAAAAAGGUCAAAUCUUUUGAAGAAUCAAAAGCAUUCAUGCAUAAUGUGACAUCUAUAGACAACAGUCCAAUGGCUAUUCUGGGGAAAUGUCGUUACCAGAGAGCGUGUCGAAUUCCCCAUAUGGAAACCACGGAAGAUGAUUCUUCUGAGAUUUUGUGCGGUGAUAAUGUUCUACACAAGUUCAAAAUCACGGAUAAGAUGCUCACCAACUGGUGCGAGCAUGUACGGAAAUGGAUUGGCCAGACAAUUCUUGUGAAAUUAGUGCAAGAAAUAGAUGACAUUAAUAGCACUUUAAGUCAAAUUGGUUUGCCUGAAUUUCAAAUUGGUACAGUAAGUCUAUUUGCCUUACAUCAGAUUGCCGUCACCAAAUCUCAACACCUGCCAACACUGUCUGCUAUUCUACCAUACCUGGAUCUCCAUCUGAAUCAAGAAUAUUUAUGUCGUAGACUGAAAGAUCUUGCCCAAGGCGGUUGCAUGGGUGAAUUUAAGUGGAAUUCUGGUGGAUCCUACAAUGACAAGCAAUGGUGUGAUGAUUUGCCGAACGAUUCGGCUAUAAUCAUGCAUAUAUUGUGCUGUUAUUUAGAUGCUCAUUUGCCUCAAGAGCCACAUUUUCCUGAGGGUAAACCAUUUUCAUCCAAGUAUUUCAAAAAAGUGCCUGAAAAGCCAGUUGUUUCCAAAGACUUGCAUUAUAUUUACCAGUCAAGUUUGAACCCACCUCAUUUUAAUGUUUUCUUGGGUGAAGAUACCUGUACGUUAAAGAAAGGCCGGAGCAACUUAUUCUGUGCUCUAGUUAUAUUUUUGCAUUACUUAAAAACAAAAGAAUGUGGUAUGUUAGGUCGUGUCAAUUUAGGCCCAUCUGGUCUUAAUAUUUUGUGGGUGCUGGAGUAAAUAUUAUAAAAAUUUUGUUUUUUCAGUGACUUGUACUUUAACUUAAAAGUUCUUGUUAAUCUGAAAUAUUCCUUAUUAUUCAUGAAAUGUAACCUGAUGUAAAAAUUACAUUAAAUGAUAUUAAGUUUGUAAGAAAAUUAAGGAAGUUCUAUUAGCUUUAUUUAAGUAGAGGAUGGUGAACAAAUUCCCAAAUGUGAGGCUUAUGACCGAAAGCUUGUAACUUUUCACUGAAAAAAUUGCUUAUAACCUCAAAACAAACUUAUAAUUUAUUUUGAAAUAGUUUAUUUUUACAGAUAUGCUUUUAGUACUUUACGUAAAGUUUACCAUUUGGGAUAGUAUAGGGUACUGUUUGGCAACUUAUAUUACUGGGGUUCAUGUAUAAUGUUCGAUUAUUUAGCAAAUUGAAUUGCAGCUCUCUUCUCUCAAUUGUGAUGCGUUCAACUAGUUCUCUCAUUCAUCACAUUAAUGGUUAAGAUAAAAAUUGCGAUGCUAAAAGAUUUAUGCGCAAUUCCUAGCUCUGAUUUUUAUGUGACUGUCAUUGCAAAAUAUUAAACCUAAGCUGUUUUUUUUUUUUUUUUUUAAUUUUAGGAUUUGAACCAAUAGUUGAUUAUAUUAAAAUUUGAAAUAUUUGACUAGGCAUAAAUUUCACAAACAUGACAUGCUCACAAAAAUAAGUACUUUUGUGGUGUAGUGCGAGUUAAUUGAAAAAUAUAAAAGGCCUCAGUUACAAUUCAUGCAUCAUAAUCUCCAUUGAUCUUGUUUAUUUUACUAAUUUUUGUUUUGUGCCAAUUGUUAAUGCAUAUUCAUGAUUGCUUUGUUAAGACUUAUGCAAAUUCAUUAAAAUCCUAUCAUUUUCAGUAUAUUUUUUAUUGAAAAGAAUUGUAACAUU